ACUAACCAACUUAGCAAUCUUUUCUACGUAAAAAUAGAUUUGUUAGUAUAUUCUUGUUACGAACUAAAACAGUUCUUUUUUCUGGACCUCCCGUUCUGCCUGGGCGACACCUCCGUCAACGGCUGUAGACGGCGGAUCGGCGCCCUCGCCGUGGGUCACGCCGGCAGGACAGCACAUCCGGUGCAGUGAAACACGGCUGGCCGACGUAAUUCUUCAGUACCACAAACAUCAGAUAUGGGCAAGCCGAGCGGCAGCGGCAGCAAAUCCAACUCUGAUUUCAGGCGAGCUAUCUCUGCAGUGCGCACUAAAAACCGAGAUCAAAUAUCCGGCCAAAAACGUUCAGGUGGAUCUCGCUCAAAGAAAAGGAGUUCCAUAAAGAGGAAAGCAUGGAAAGACAAACUGUACUCCAGGUGUGCUCCUUCUAUCAUUGUAGAUCUCAUGGAAGACCUUGACGAGCAGCCCAGAAAGCUUGUAGAAGAGAUGGGGUUUCAGGGAUUACAUAGCCUAAAGCUGCACAAGCUAAAUAAACCAGUAGGAGCCUCGCUGCUUAGUAAAUUCGAUACAAAUUUGUUAGUUUUUUUUGCUGGGACAAGCAGAGAGCUAAAGAUGACACCCGAGGACGUAAAUCGUGUGAGCGGAAUCCCAUGUUCUGGCAUGAUCAUAGUACCUCCAAGCCCACAAGAUGUCAUUUCUAUGAAAGCAUACUUUUGUGGUGUUUUCGAAAAAUCCUCAUGGGAUGAAAUCACUAUCAGUUUCCUUUUGAAAAUAGUAACAACAAAACCAAAAGGCGAAAUGACAAGUGAAGAAAUCCUGCGAUUCAAGACCGCGUUUGCAUUUUCUGUUGUCACCAAAUUCUUCGCUCCACAAUCCCUGAACAACUUCAUAUCAACACGAUAUAUGAGAGCAGUGUUUGAUAUGGAGAACAUUCAUGCCUACAACUGGGCACAAUUUGUCGCCGACGAGCUCAGACUAGCAGCAGCAUCUCUGCAGUUGAAGCUUUCCCGUGGAAAGAACAUUGGAUACAUCAAUGGAUGCAUGUUAAUCCCUCAGAUUCACUACCUGGUCAGCUUGGACUUUGGCAAGGAUUCUCCUCCCGACCACAUUCUUCCCCGGCUUGCUGCAUACAACGACGCCAUGGUCUGUAACCUGAUCAAACGGGAUAUAAUUCUGAAAAAUCGACUGCCUUUUCCGACAUAUGGUAAACUAAAGGUCCUGCCGUCGGAGGUUUUGACCCACCGUUUGACCCUUUUUGCAUAUGUGGAAAUGAGUUGUCCAUGAAUAUUAGUCAAGUCAAGAAACUCAGAAAGAUUGUUACGAUAAAGGAAUCAGCGACAAAAAACAACAAGAUCUUUGUCUGCACAAUGAAGAAGA